CUAUAAGAAGCCCUGGGCUCUGGGCAGAAGGCAGUGGCUCCAGCUAAGAGCACAAGAUGAGUCCAGGCCUCUUCUGCCUCCUAGGCCUUCCAUUCCUCUUUUGCCAGACCACAGGGAGUUUGUGGACCUCCAGCCCCACCUCCAGCUCUUUCUCUGACUCUGUAUUCAGCUCCAGCAGCAGCUCUCAUCCCGGCCCUGGCUCCGUGUCUCAGUCGCUUUCCAAUUUCACUGGCUUCGAGGAUGACCACGGGACCUGCCAGUGCUCCAUUGUGCUCCCAGACACCACCUUUCCUGUGCAGAGAGUGGAACGCUUGGAACUCACGGCCCACGUUCUCUCCCAGAAGUUCGAGAAAGAGCUUUCUAAAGUGAGGGAAUAUGUCCAAUUAAUCAGCGUGUAUGAAAAAAAGCUCUCCAACCUAACCAUCCGCAUAGAGAUCAUGGAAAAGGAUACCAUUUCUUACACGGAACUGGACUUUGAGCUGAUCAAGAUGGAAGUGAAGGAGAUGGAGAAACUGAUCGUACAGCUGAAGGGCAGUUUUGUCGGAAGCACAGUAAUUGUUGACCAGCUGGAAGUGGAGAUAAGGAAUAUGACUCUCCUGGUAGAGAAGCUGGAGACACUAGACAAAAACAAUGUCCUUGCCAUUCGCCGAGAAAUCCUGGCUCUGAAGACCCGGCUAAAGGAAUGUGAAGCUUCUAAAGGUGACAAUGGUCCAGUCUCCCCACCACCUCCUGCCCCUGGGAGCUGUGGCCAUGGUGGUAUCAUGAAUGUCAGCAAGCCGGCUGUAGUUCAGCUCAACUGGAGAGGGUUUGCCUACAAGUAUGGUGCCUGGGGUCGGGAUUACUCUCCCCAGAAUCCAGAAGGGGGUCUGUAUUGGGUGGCCCCUUUGAAUACAGAUGGAAGAAUUCUGGAAUAUUACAGACUCCACAAGACACUGGAUGAUUUGCUAUUGUACAUAAAUGCCCAAGAUUAUCGGAUUACCUAUGGCCAAGGUGGUGGUACAGUAGUUUAUAACAACUACAUGUAUGUCAACUGGUACAACACUGGGAACAUUGCCAAAAUUAACCUGAAUAACAACAGGGCUGAAGUGACUCAAACUCUCCCUAAUGCCGCCUAUAAUAAUCGCUUUUCAUAUGCUAAUGUUGGUUGGCAAGAUAUUGACUUGGCUGUGGAUGAGCAGGGACUGUGGGUGAUUUAUUCAACUGAAGCCAGCACUGGUAACAUGGUGAUUAGUAAACUCAACGACACCACACUCGUGGUGCUAAACACUUGGUACACCAGGCAGUAUAAACCAUCUGCUUCUAAUGCCUUCAUGAUAUGUGGGGUUCUGUAUGCCACCCGCACUCUGAACACCAAAGCAGAAGAGAUUUUCUACUACUAUGACACAAACACAGGGAGAGAAGGCCGACUAGCCAUUACAAUGCAGAAGAUGCAGGAAAGAGUGCAGAGCAUUAACUACCACCCUAUUGAACAGAAACUUUUUGUUUAUAACGAUGGUUACCUUCUGAACUAUGAUCUGAUCUUUAACCAGAAACCCAAGUAAAUGUGUUAGGGUGAGAGAGGAAGAGAAUGUUCUUUGAAAAAAUGGUCUUUUCCACUUAUUUAGCUAUCUGCGAGUGGUGGUGGGGUGGUGGGAUUUGGAAGUGUGCUUAUUUGGGAGCAUAGUUCUAUCACGCUCUGGAGACAUAGGAUAUCUGCCCUGAUUUGAUGAGUUCUUUUGGAAGCUGCCUGCCUCCAGAGAUGCAUUUCCCUAGUGAAAAGAAGGUUCUUUCAGGGUGGAUGGGAUUGUGGAGGUUUAGGGGUAUUAUGCGUCCCAGGAAGGUGUCAGUGGUCCAAGCAGCAUCUGGAAAUUAAGGGCUUUGGGGAUUCUUUGUACCAAUGUGUCUCAAUGACCAGUUCUCCCCCAUGUAGCCAGGCUAAUUCAUCCAUACUUGAAAGAAGCCUGGGCUUAAUUAGGCAGGCUAUUAUCUGAAGCUCCUCGAGGGAUCAAAUCUUCGUCUUUGUUUUUCUUACUAGCACCUGAAACAAUGUUUUAUAUGAAGCAGAUUAGUAAAUUUAGCAUGCUUAUAUGAUAUCUGUAAAGUGCUGAGAGUUUUCUGAAGAAAGGCUCUUUUAUGCAUUAAAUUGUACAUUGUAAAUCGGUCCCAGAUGGACCCGCAGAUAAGGCACUUGAUUUUUCUUUGCUCCCUCUGUCCACCUAUAUAAGAGUCAGUAGAGCCCUCCUACCUUAUAACUUUAUUCCAAGGCAGCUCAUAAGAUUAGAACCAAACUUACCAACUGAUUCCCACCGUCCCCCCCGGUCUCCUUGUUUCCUACCUCCUGCUUUUAAUGAAAACUAACCAGUUUUUUAAAUGGAGUGGAUACAAGAAAGACAGAAUUACAAAUACAAAUUUUUUGUCUCUUCAUGAAAUUUCACUUCCAUGACUCUAAGGCCAAAGGAAGAUCAGAUGACAGAUAAUAUAAUAGCAAAUGUGGUUAUAUGAUAAAGCCCUUGGAGCAUAUGUGAUACUUGAAUUGUAUCAAUUGUUUCAUGCAGUUUUUAUCUUUGUUUAAGCCUGAAAGCUGUGAGAAAAUAGUUUUUUUUCGGGGAAGAAAUAUUUUAAAAACUAUUGUUAGUGUCUAGUAAAUCAGUGCAGUUUGAAAACCCUGCAGGUUUCUGUGCUUCUGUACUUUUGGGUGGCUUUGUCAUCUGGUCUUGGUCUCUUUCCCUUUGUUGUUCAGAGUCAUAGUCUAUAGGAUUGGCUCCUUCAAUGCUGUAAUUAUCCCCUUUUAAUGAAUGAUUAAAUUGUGUUUUGAUAAAAA